GCCGACGAUUUUAGACUGAGAGCCAACUCGCUCUCAAUAACCACGUUUUACGAGCAAUACAUAACCCAACCGCUUGGCACAGUGGUGGUUGAUCAAUUUUCUGCAGUCAUUGGUGUGGCCCACGAAAGGGCCAGCCCUCUUUGGGCGGACCACCGCGAAAUAUGUCGGUUUGAAAACACACAAUCAGACAAUUACAAGCAUGUCUUAGCUAGUCUACAAACCAUUGUUGAUGAAUCAUAUGAAGGACACUGUGUCAAAUGCUGGUACUGGUGUUUCGCUCGACGACGCUGAAAGAGCUUGCACAGCAAUCCUGAAUUGUGUUGAUGUGUCGGGAUAUGAAUCCAAUCUGGAUCAGCAUGCAAGUGGCACUUUGCAAUGGGUUUCGAGCGAUCCACAGUACAACAACUGGCUUUCCAAAGACAGCAUGCGGCUACUGUGGGUUACAGGAUUUUCUGGCUGCGGAAAGACAAUUUUGUCUCAUUACCUUGUUGUUCACCUUCAGAAAAUGUUAUCGCCAUCCACAAUAAUCUGCCGAUUCUUUUGCAACGGAAGGAUUGAGAGCCAACGAGACUCCGUCAACCUUCUUCGAAGUAUCAUUUAUCAAAUUGUCAUGCAUCGACGAAAGCUCCUCAGGAUUGUUAGGAGAGCAUCCGAUGCCCAAGGAUUUCAACUCUUCAGCCGUUUCGAUUCCCUAUGGAACCCGUUUUUAGAGAUAUGUCGCCACAAGGGAGACGAGCUGAUCGUUAUCAUCGACGCCAUCGACGAAUGCGAAGAGCAGAUCCAGGUAUCAAUGACCAAACGUAUCGUUAAUCUACUUGGGUCGGAACCCGAAUUCUCGAUCAAGUUUCUUAUAACCAGCAGACCGAAUGUACCUGCUACAUAUGUGCUAAAGAGUGCGGCUAUCCAGUGCAUCAGGCUCAAGUUGGAAGAGAAACAGUCGCAAUAA